AUGCAGACAUGCUGCAUGAUUCAACAAGCUCUUAUUCUUAAAGAUCUACAAUACUUAAGCGAGAAGCUCUUAUACCGGGAGGAGGUCUCUAAACGCAUCGUCCUACAGAACCGUAAUCUACACGUUUCCAAAGUUGGAGCGGCGGGGGCGGCGGAGAACGAUACGAGUUCCCCCGACGACGAGAAGGCUUUGCGUCAACUGGAGUGGGAAGAUGACACUCAGGAGGAGGAUGACCCUGCACUUUGGUCAGCAUGGUCACCGUGGAGUCAAUGUUCGAGAACCUGCGACGGCGGUGCCAUCUUUCAACUCAGGAGCUGCAACUCCAUCUCCAGAUGUAAGGGGUCCACGGUGCGCUACAAGAUUUGCAACAUGCAGCCUUGUCCUGACAACGUAGAGUUUCGAGAACUACAAUGUGCGUCUUUCAACUCGGUGCCGUACAUGGGGCAGAUGCUGACUUGGACGCCUCAUUAUGACGACGACCAGCCGUGUGCCCUCAUAUGUCGCUCCCACACAGGGGUCGUGGCGCGGCUAGCCGCUAGUGUCAGAGACGGCACCCGCUGCCGCCCUGGCAGUCUGGACAUGUGCAUCGACGGCAAAUGUCAGAGAGUGGGGUGUGAUCUGGAGAUAGGCUCAGGCAAGAAGGUAGACGAGUGUGGAGUUUGUGGAGGAGACGGAGCGUCUUGUGCACAGCCUCUAUACCAUUGGGCAGAGGCGCCGGUGUCCUUGUGUUCUGUGUCCUGCGGAGGAGGGUACAAGAUGUCGCAGGCGGUGUGCCGCAACAGAGUGACCGGGGCCGACGUUGACGCCCAGCUGUGUAACGCCUCGCAGCAGCCUGAGCCUCAGGUGGUCGAGUGCAAUUCUCAUCGUUGUCCGCCAAAGUGGCUGACGGAAGACUGGAGCAGAUGUUCCGUGAGUUGUGGAGGAGGCACAAGACAGCGGAAUGUUAUAUGCACUGAAGAAGCUAAUGGCACAAGGAGUAAAGUUCCUGACCACUUCUGCAGAGGAUAUCGGCCCAGGUCUGUGGAGCCCUGCAACUCCACCCCCUGCCCUCCCACUUGGGUCACUGGAGACUGGUCUGGGUGUUCCAUGUCAUGUGGGGAGGGAGUGCAGACACGUAACGUAACCUGUCGAAUCUCACGCUACGAGAAACCUGGCUCCGUCACCUGCAACGAGGAGACCCAACCAGCCACAACACAGCCUUGCAACACUGGCAUUGCUUGUCCAGAUGACUCUGAGCCAAUACCAGAUAUAGAUGAAGCCCUACCUCUGCUCCAUCCUUACCCACCAUUCCGACCAACAGCGGAGAAACUUGUCGGGGAGCAAAUGUCACCUUCAUCAGAACCCAAUUUCAUAGCUGGAGCAUGGGGUCCAUGCAGCGUGACAUGUGGGGAGGGCACCAGGAUCAGGAAAGUCACCUGCAAGAUAUACCUGGACUUUUCUCGAACUUACGCCACAUUACCAGACCAAAAGUGUCAAGGGCCGAAACCCGCAGAGACAGAGAGCUGCUCGGAACAACCGUGUUCCUUCUCAAACAGAGUUGACACGGUGCGAGAUGGCUACAGUGAUAUCUCCCUGGCGGAUAUCUACAGCAGUAACCGACGAGAGAGGUAUGACACCAACAUACGAGUGGCUCCAGGCAGUUCAGGCAAAACAUACUCUUGGAAGGAGCAAGGCUUUACCCACUGCAGCGCCUCAUGUCUGGGAGGUGUCCAGGAGUCGGUGAUACUUUGUAUACAGAACGAGGACCAGAAGUCGGUCAGUCCGUACCUGUGCCCGCAGGAAACCAGGCCAGAAAUACUGAUCAAGACAUGUAACGACCACCCUUGUCCGCCACGGUGGAAUCAUUCAGACUUCUCCCAAUGCUCCAAGGCUUGUGGUAUCGGGAUACAGACGAGGGAUGUCAACUGUAUACAUGAGGUCACACGUGGCGGGGGCAACACCAUCAUCGUUCCCAACAACAUGUGCCCCCAGCCCCCGCCUCCUGACAGACAGUACUGCAACGUCCUAGACUGUCCCGUUAAGUGGCACACAACCGAGUGGACCAAGUGUUCUAAGAGUUGUGGUGGAGGUGUAAAAACCAGGCAGGUGGAGUGUAAGCAAGUGAUGGCCCAGAACCAUGUGGUGAGCAGACCAGAGAGUCAGUGUCCAUCCAACAAGCCGCAGGACCGCAGACCGUGUAACACCAAACACUGUGCCAAUGAGGAUCUCAAUCCAGCUAUCGCUGUGGCCAACGUCACCUACAUCCAGUAUAAUGCCUCCAGGAAGAAGGUCAACCUGAAGAUUGGGGGCCAAGCCCAAGUAUUCUAUGGGACUCAAGUGAAGAUCAAGUGCCCUGUCCGGAAGUUCAACAGAACAAGAAUUCAAUGGGCUAAAGAUCACAAAGUUAUAGGAAACUCGAAAAAGUAUAGAAUAUCGAAGAAAGGUGCUUUAAGAAUAGCAGAUGUUACGUAUAUUGACAGUGGUGUCUACACUUGUAUAGCUGGGAGAUCAUCAGCUGAUGUUGCUCUGACUGUGAAGCCACGGCCGGGAGUGUUUCCAAGUUCUGAGGAGAUAGAGAGACAACACCAUAACCAACUAGAUCCUGCAAUGCAACCAAAUGGUGAAAUGCCCGGGAGACCCUUCCUGGGAGGUGGGGAUGACAUGAGUCAUGAGGUGAGGCCCGGAGACAGCCUACAUCUGGCAACCAAGAAGCCACCCCGAGCCACACCCCCGCCUCAUCCCCCGCCAGAUAUACACACAAACCUGUGGCCUCAGCACCACUCUGGGACCACCACACACUCCCACUUUGAUCAGGAUGGACUCCCCAUCCUUCCGUCUGAGGACCCUCUCUCCUCCCUUGGUCCGUCCCUGUCUUCUGCAGGGUCCAGACCCAUGCCUCACUUCCAGAAACUGCUGGCCAACCUCCAGACGUUUGGAAACUCGAGAGGACACCGGAUGGUGAUGGAGGACGCUGCCCCGCCACCACCGCCCCUUCCUCCCCUCAUGACCACCACGGACUUCAUUGAUGACCCCACCACCGAAGACUCGUCCAUUGUCGUCUUAGGAAAAGGGAGGCCAGAAAAUGUUAAAUUUGACUGGAUGGUCAGUGAAUGGUCGUCUUGCUCUCAAACUUGCGGUGGAAAUGGAUUUCAGAUGAGAAAAGCACACUGCAUGGUGCGUCUUCACAACACCACACAGGAUGUGGACAGUAACCUGUGUGUGGAUGCAGGACUAGAGACUCCCACCACCCUCCAGAAGUGUGGCCAUCAGAUCUGUCCUCGAUGGAUGACCUCCGAUUGGUCCCCGUGCCAUGAGUCUCGUUGCUUCACUUGGGACACAGCAAUGCAAAAGCGUGAUGUAACAUGUCAGUCUGCCAAUGACACGGAAGUGGACCCUAAACACUGUAUCGAAAUAGAGCGGCCAGUCCAGAGAAAAGAAUGUUACAACGAUAAAUGCAAAGGAACUUGGAAAGUAGGAGAAUGGUCUGAGUGUGCAGCUCCUUGUGAGGCCCAGGGAGUCAAGUAUCGCAUACUGCAGUGUGUGUGGUACGGCACCAAGAAGCCAGCUGGCAACGCAUGCAGGGAUCAACCUAGGCCAUCCGUCAUGAAAGUAUGCAAGGGGCCUCCGUGUUUUGAUGUGGGAGAGUGUAAGGACCAAUCCAAAUACUGUGAGAACGUCAGAGUCAUGAACAUGUGUCGGAUGCAGAGGUACCAGACGCAGUGCUGCCAAUCUUGCAGAAGCACCAAAAAUUAAGACUAAAGCUUGAGUAGAGAAUGGUGCUUCUCAUAACUGACCUCACUUUACGUACAUGUUGUCACCUGAAUGGUAAAAUCAAAACGUAAAUUAAUAUUCUUUUCUGCCCUUUCGGUGCCAUCUUUAAUAGAAGCCAUUAAACAAUAUCAGGACCAUACGUUGGCAUGAGAACACUGCAUAUUAAAAGUCACGAGUUUUCACCAUAUAACCCUUUCCAUUAACACAUUUGUUAAUGGAAGGCUGUAAUGGGUAAAGGACUAAAUGGAGUACCGUAUUUGCAGUGUUCAGGGUAAAUUAUUGAAUUGCACUCUUUCAUUUUGACCUAUACAUUAAUAAAAAAUAGAGUUUCACCCUCUGGAUCCAAAGCAACGUUUUUAUAGGACACUAAACACGAUUAUAAUCUUCACCAUACUGAAGCCUGGGUUUCACAGAGUUUACAUUCUUUAUUUUAGCUAGUAAAGUGUUAUCACAUAAACCCCUGGACUCCAGGCAACAAUUUCAAUGUACAGUAAACUUUAUUCUAAUUGUCCAUCAGGUCACGUACAGAUUUCUCAGAGGGUUGAGAGCUAAAAAUCAGAACUUUACUAUAAACGUGCUAAAUUGUGUUGUAGUAGUAGUAAUAUAAGUAGAUUCAUAACAACACAGCUAUUUAGAGAAUCAGUACAAAAAGUUGACAGUACAGUUAUUCAAGAAAAUAGUAAUUAAAACUUUCUAAAGAGAUAUUAAACUACAAAACGUAUACACAAAUCACUUUUUUUAAUCAUCUAAAUCCUCUUAUGAAAUUAGCAACAUAUAUUAAGUCUAAAUUAAGAUUCAUAACAUAAAAUGUUAUAAAAGUAUAUGAUAUUAAAUUAGUUAUUCUUUUUUAAAGUAUUACCAUUUUAUUUUAUUAGAAAUAAAAUAUAUUAUUAAAUAAAAAAUAUGAAAUUAAAAAUGUUAAGUUGAAAGAAAUAUUAAGCACAUUUAUUUUCAGUUGUAGGCUGAAGCUUUGAGGAUUUGUAAACUUGUUUUUCAGAAUUAUUUUAACAAUUACCAAUUGUGAAUUUUGAAAACUCUUAAAAGUGUACAUAUUUUACCAUCAAACACACAAAUGUACAUAAAGUGAUGUCUACGUUUUGAAAAGUGCCUGUUUAAUUGUUGAAGCAAACAUGUCCUGCACAACCUAGUGUAUUGUUCAUCUGGUCAGUGUACAGUAUAAGUGUAUUACCCUAACGUAAAUAUAUAUAUAUAUAUAAAUAUAUACUGAACUAAUUCUGCUGUUAAAACUAUAAACAAUGUAAAUGGAAUGGGAGAUGGCGUGAUCUCCACGAGAUGGGUGAACGAAAUAAGACUGACACAUAGUAUUUAAAUAGGCUUAGGCUACCGUUCCAUGACACCUGCUGAUCCCAAGUGAAUGUUAUGGUUAAGUUGAUUUCACGCAAUCAUUGUCGCUUGUACCUGUGUUAGAAUCCAAAUGUUGUUACUAUACGGUAAUGGAACAUUCCUGUAUUCUUCUGUAUCCCUCAAUGACAUUGUUUUGUGUAGUGUUUCCAUUCUAUCAGUACAUGGCCAUAAGUAAUACAUUGUCGCAUAUACUCGUGUAUAAAAAACUAUUUUCGCAAAAGUUCGUUGAAACCAACGAUGACACUGUUUUUUUUAAGAAAUGCAUAAGGCUCAUAUAGAAAACAGACAGAAUACAGACUGUAAUGCAAACCCAUUGAAAUAUAUGUGUUAAUUACAUACACAACCAAUAAUAACUAAAUCAUUCAAUUUGUUGGGCUUUUACAUUUUAAUAGUUUUCCUCAUAAUACAAAGUUUCAAUAAAUAACCAGGGGUGUAAAAUAAAUUAGUAUUGCAUCGUUAAGAUUUUCGUACAAUGAUUGAUACAAAAUAAUAAUAAACACUAUUUAUAAUUAAAUAAUUGCUAAAGUAAUUUCUGUCAUUUAUAUUUAAUUAUAAAAUUUGUAAAAUUUUACAAUACAGGAUGCUUUUUGAAUAAGUGUUUGUACAAUAGACAGUAUAUGCACAAAGCAAAUUGAUGUAUUAUUUUAGUGAGAAAAAGUUUCUAUUAAAAAUAUCUUUUUCAUAUACUUCGUAAUGUAUUUAUGUACAAAUGAACAAUGAUACUACAUUCUGUUAUUUAAUUCAGUUAACAUUCCAGUGUUUCAACAAAAUAUUUAACAAGAAUGCUGUCACUUAUAUUUUUAAAUUGACAAAUCUUAUCAAUUUUAGUUUGUAUUAAGCUAUUGGUUAAACUAUUCACAAAAAGCUAAAAAAACUACAUGUUUAUAUUUACUUUCACAAGAUUGCACAUUCAACCUUUGGUCUGAUAUUAUAAAUUACAACAAUACUGUAUAGUUCAGAAAAGUUCAAUUUCUAUACUAACUCUUGCUCCCAUAGCCUAAUAUUUCUGUACAUUAUUCCGAUUGUACUUUUGCCAUUCAUAUGGAAACCCUUGCACUGAGUGUGUUAGUGUUGGUGCUACUGUUACCAAAAUAAUAUUGCAUCCAUUUAAAAUCGUAUCUCCUUUUGCAACAAAUUUAUUAUAAAAUCUUUAUUGUUAACAAGUUUCAAUUUUUUUAAUUAUAAACUUCACAUAAAAUAUAUAAACCAAAAUAAAACAACUAUUGAAGAAAAGACACAGUCAUAUUGCAAGACAAUAUUAUAAAGACAACUCAAACACAUGUUAACUUUUUCUGCAUUAAAGAAAAGAUACCAUGUACUUAAUUAAACAAUUAAUAAAUUAACUCCAGACAUCAUUGGCAGUCUUUUAAUAAACAUAAGUUUAAAGUCAACUGUCAUUUAUACACUGAUGUGACACAAAUUUAGAUUGAGCCUGACAGAAUGUUAACUUUUUUCAGAAAAUUAAACUGAAUAACUCCUGUUUAAAUUUUUAGAUUAGUUUUUUCAUCCUGGUUGUCUGUUCAUUGUUGGUAAAUUUUGCGUAUAUCAACAAGGACUACAUUUAUAUUAUGGUAUUUUUGCACUUUUUCCAUCCAUAUUAUAAUAAAAUUGAAUUAAUUUAAUUCAAAUCUUAAAAAAACUUUAUUGGUGUUUAUUCACAGUUUAGCUGCAGUUUUGUGAAAUACUGUCUGUUCAAGAUUGACAAUUGCGCUAUUAUUUAAUAAGAUUAUAUUUAAUUAAUUGUAAUCUUAUUGAAUUUGGAAUUUUAUUGAAUACAGCUGAACAGCAUUACAUUUAAACUAUAGACAUGUUCAAUGUAAUUAUGAUAACAUUAAUAAAGAACACAGUAUUAUUAAUUGCAAACAAAUCAGAAUUUUUUUAUUGGUAUGUACAUUCCUUUUAUUUACCAUCAUUUGUUUUCACUACUACAGUAAAUUUGUUUUUUUUGUACACUAUUGCGUUUUAGCAAUAAGUCAUCUCAACUACAAGUAAUUGAAAGCAAUAAAGAAUAGGAAUGUCAGUGUUAAGACACAAUGAUAACACGGGUACAAAAUAGCAGGUACUAAUACCUAACCCUUCACAUUGUACAUUACCUGUAAAAUUCAGACUUACCUAGAACCCAUGCUAAAUUUAAGAUUCUAAGCUGUGUGAAUUUUCAGGUGUUUAUUUUUACAAAGUUUUCUGUAAUGUUAACAUUGUGUGCCUACUAUAAACCUAUAUAGAACAAAUGUUGUAAUUGUAGCAUUCUCUUCUCUAAAAUCGACUACAAUAAAAACAAAGAAAAUCCUGAUCUAUUAGGAUUAUCAUAAACAUUAAAUCUGAAUCUAGAACACAGUUUAAACAACAAAUAGUGUUUUAUCCAGUCAACUUUAUAAUGAUCAUUUUAAAAACAAAAUUGUUAAUGGCUUCAAAAUAACAAAGAUUUAUAAUAAAUUAUUAAAUUGUGCUUUGUUGUUGAAUCAAAUAAAGGACGGUGAUUUCAUGUCAAAUUAGUCCUUGAUGUUCUUAAUAAUUAUUAAUUAUAAUUAUAAAAAUUAAGUUUCCAAAAAAAAAAGCUAGGACCUUGAAUUUGUUGAACUAUAUAUUAUGAAUAGUUGUGAAGAUAAGCUUACUAACUCACAAAAAAUGCAGUUUGCUCCUUCAGUUCCAAAGACCUACGGAUUGUUCAAGAGCCAGUUGUGCUUGAGGUAAUAAUAUUGAUAAAACACGUAUUUAAAAUAUUAAAAUUCACGUAUUAAUAUUCUUCUUUAUCUGGCAUGAAAAAACAAUGCUACUUAAAAGUACAUAUAAUCAGUAAAAAAACUAUGCACUAUUUAAUAUGGUAAGAAAGACCUACUGCAUUUGUAUAAUGCUUCUACACCUGUGAAUAUAAGAUGUUUUUAAAAAUCUGACCAGGAAAUCAACUGAUUGUUAAUGAAUAAUUUGAUGUCAAUGAACUUUUCCUGAAACGAGGAAUAGGGGUUAACUUAUAAUUACCAAAUACGUAGUGAUCUCCACAUUGGGAUGCAUACAAAAAGAAUAAAUACAACAAAAACAAAACAUCUUUACUUUUUGAGGAAGGCACCUUUCUUUGACAGAUUUGUAAAAAAGAUUUCAUGCUUGACUACCAUUAUAAAAUUCCAAAUUAUAAGGAUUUGAAUUCAUGCAGGAAUUAUUACUAUAUUAUUAGUAUUAUUACUAUUGGUUGACGUGUUCAUUGUAUGAUUUUGUAAAUUUUAGAAAAUUGUUUACUUUGUUAAAGUACAUUUCCUCUACAUCAGUUCAUACACUAAUAGAAUUUUGAAAGUAACCAACCAUUAACUCAUUAAAGAUUAGAUAAUCUUUAAUGAGUUACUUGAAAUUGUAAUUAUUGUAAGUUUAGUUGGAAUCAUUUUAGAAUUAUAUUGACCACUGACUUCAACUUUACGAUAUUUUGUAUAAUCAUAUAUUAACUUUUAAACUGUUAUAAGCUGUUGAACAGCCCAAGCAGAUGAUUUCGGGUUCUGGGGUCCGUGUUUGGUGAAAGUAUUAAAAAAAUUUAUGGAAUUGCUCGUAAGUGGUAGCUUUCUGUAAAAUCUAUAGUUUUAUACCGUACUUAAGAGAACAAAAAUAAAAAUAAAUGAUUGAUUCAAUACACAAAUUAUUUUUUAUUUGUUAAGCUUGAUUUUUAUUUCGAAGAAGAGAAUCCUACAACUAUUUUUUCCGCUAUAAAAAACUUUAAUGGCUUAUUUUAUAUUAGUACCAAGUUGUUUACUUUUUAGACUGUGAAACCAAAAUCCCCUCAGCUCACUGUUGUACUAUUGUAGUGUGCUGUAAGUUAUGUAAAUAUAGCUAGCGAACUGUAUAGGUAGGCUGUAAUUGUAUGUAAAUAUUUGCACCGUACUGCUGAGCUUCUACACUGAACAUGAACAUGGUACUUACACCUACUCGUGGUUAGAUCGCUUACAAUGAUUUGAUAGCUUUAAAGUUUACACUCCUGUUGUAUGUCAUCCAUAUAGUUUAUAUAUUGAUUACCUCAUUGAUUAUCCUACCUACCAAUGAAACGUUGUAGUUGUUAAAUGUAUUUAUACUUAAGUAUUAAAUAGAACAGUAGAAUAUUGUUUUGUAAAAAGAAGACUUGUGUACAAACUAAACUAUUCCUGCUCUUCAUACUCCUAACUAUUAAAAAUAUGAUUCCUUUCUCUUAGUAUUUUAGACGUUGAUUUGUUGGAAUGUUUAGUUUGUAAGAUAAACCUUGAAUUUUGAAUGCUUUUUUACAAAUAUUUUUUAAUUGUGUACCUAAUAAGGAUGAUGCCACGGUCAGUUAAUUGUAGGCAACAUUUCUAUUGAAUAGCAAUAUUGUUAAAUCUAGUAAAUUAUAGUAUUUAUGGAUUCAAAAUCCAACUAUAGUGAAUUGUUUUCAAUAUGACGUAUGACAUUUGUAAUGUCCCAGUCACUCUUUCUAUAAAAGUUCAUAAUGGUUGUUUUCUUAUCCUUAAUAAAAAAAUUAAGUAUUGUUAUGAUAUUUGAUUUAAUUCUAAAUCUUGAUUUAGUAACUCGUGAAGUGUAAUAUAAUAAUAUUUCAAAGUAUUACAUUUAUUUUAAGAGUAACAACACUAUAGUUACAUUUACACAAUUACAUUUUGUCUCUCUUAUGCAUUACGGGAAAAAUUGCAAUAUUAUUCUGCUGAACACUUGAUAAAUAUCUUUAAUAACUCUUUCACAAAUUCAAAUCUUUUAUGGAAAAAGUAAACGAAAAAGAACUACUAUUAUUCGUUUAUCUCAUGACUAAUGAACAUUUAACUAUACACAACCCAUUUAUUGCAAUCUAUCAGAAUGUAAAUACAAUUCCAAAAUUAAAAUUUCAUUAAUUAUAAUUGUGAAAAGAAGAGACUCAGCUCUAAAAGUUCCUAGAAGCCAGAAAGAAGAGUUCUACUAGGAAAUCCACAUGAGGUGGAACAAUGAUAUUAGUGGGAGCCGGUAUUACUCAUGAAGAAGGCAGAGAACAGAAGAAGCGGAAAAACUGUUAGUAGAACAGCUGGAACAUAAGUGGCAUGGCUAAGUGGUUUUUAGUUAUAUCAACAAGAGCCCUCUUAUUUCCUUUAUUUUCUUAUUUCCUAUUAUCUUAUUUUCUGAUUUUGUGCCAAACUCAAGAGCACUAAUCAUGUUUAUACGUGUAUAAGCCAUUUAGAACUAAUAUAUCCUAAGAAUUUGCAGAAAUAAAAAUUAUUUAGAAUAGAGUCUAAUUGGAACUAGGAACGGUAUUGAGGAAAUGAACAUAUGAAGAAUGAAAAUUAACACUAAAAUUUAAUAAGAUCACACUAAUAAAACACCUCUGACCUCAAGAGGCGACGUCAUGUAAAAUUUUGCACAUUUCUUCUUGGCUAAAAUUACUUAGGAGUUGCUUCAAAAAGCACUCCUGCCUUCAUAUUUUUCAUCUUAAAACCAACUAAAACAAAUCCCAAAUAAAUCGUGCAAUCUUUGGAUUUGUGAUCAUUUUCACAAACAAAUCUUGAUAUUGAACAUUGUAAAUGAAAACGUGGCUUGUAUGGUUCUUUAAAUUUGGCUUCAAGAAUAGAGCUCUUGACAUAUUCAGAUUGAAAAAGUGAACUACCAUGGUCUGAGCCAUGGAUCCAAAUCAACAGAGGUGAUAGCUGUACACAUAACACCUUCUUUACUCCAUCCUAGACACAUGAUUCUGAAUUGAGUCAAACUUGCAGAUGUUUGGUAUUGCUGUUAACAGUGAUUUCACUUCUACAUGCCUGCUUGAUUUUGAAAUAAAAAUUUAUUUGCCACUAUAGGAAUGAUAAGAGACAUUUGAACCCUCCUCCUACUACAUCUCUAUGUUAUGGACAUAAAUUUGUCUAAUAUUUCUCUUCAUAGACGAAUAGAACAAUGUUGUAAGUCUCAUUACAGUUGUUAUAAUAAGAUUAGUUUCUUCUAAAAUUUUCUAUAUGAAGCAAACAAUAUGAAUAUAGAGAACAGAGGAGAAGCAGGACUUUUUGUAAAAGCCCUUAAUUUAAAAUCAUUAUUAAUUAAAACAGGUGAAGUUCUAAUUAUCGUCAUGUAUUCUACAUAUGAUAAUAAGAAACAAAUCAUUUGAAUUCAGGAAACGACCUGAAAAUGAAUAAUGAUCCACCUAACAAUCUACAAAAAUAAUUUUUUUAAUUUUUUGCUACAUGGUCAGAUCGGUACUACUUAUCUUUGGGCUCACUAGCUCUCCCUCACGUAAUCCAAUUAAGACCACCAUUUAUAUUUAUCCUACUUAUGAUUUUAAAAUAUCCUAAUUAUAUAGCUAAUGUGAUGUAUAAGAAAGACAAGAUCAGUAAUCCUGCAAAAUAUGCAGUCUUAAAUAACAUGAACUCUUUUAAGAGUGUUUAUUUAUUUUGUUUACUUAUUAGGUCUAUGGUAAAUCUCUUACUUCUUAAGUUGUAUUGUGUGUAACCAUUUUUCUCAUCCAAAUCCUUUUGUUCAGAUUUCUUUAUAUACUUGAAAACAUUCCGCAUUUAGGUUAAGUGUAUAAUGUGUGUGUAUAUUAGUUAUGAACCAAGAGUAUUUUUUUAUUAUAUUUUGUUUCCCAUAAGUAGUUAUAGACAUAAUUGUGUUAUAUGUAGAAAACGUUUAUUCGAAAGUAAAAUUUAAACAAUUAUAAAUCUUUUUUCUUAAUUCAAAAUAAUAUGAAGCAAUUAUUCUUACAAUAGUUGAAUAAAACAGUUAACAUUGUUUUUCAUAUUUUUUUUAUAUUUGUAAAUGUUGAUUUUCCCUUUAAUCUAAAAAAAGCCUUGCUUUUCACCAUUUUUAUUAAUUUAAAUUUAUAGUUGAUGGUAUUCAGAUAGUUUUGGACUUUAUUCACCUUUAUCUGUUAUAUGUUUUUAGAACUGAUAUUCAGUAGUCUUUCUCAAGAAGCAAAAAACCUUAAAGUUAUAAAAUGUGUAUUAAUAUAAAAUUCCGAGUCUUACAUUCACAUAACUUAACACAUUCCCUCUUCUUGCCUUUCUCACUUUGUAAAGCGCUUAAGUUCGACAGAAAGUACAGCAAUAUGUGUUGCUUAAAUUAAAAUAAUUCCUUCUUCGACUUUCUCAAUCUCUAUCUAUUUUGUAUACAACUUUAAGGGAAAACAACAAAAAAAACUGCUUUUACAGCAUUUUAAUUGUAGUUAUUUUAAAAGAAUCAUAUUUUAUGGAUGUGUAUUUUAUUUUAUUAGGUUACAGUUAAGAUUGUAAAUUGAUUGUUAUAUAUAAAAUAAAUUUGAAGAAAACUUGGCAAAUUCAUUUCCUUCCUAAA